AUCCCAUUGGGUGUAGACGUACGACAUAUGACGUUUUCACGUCUUCUUAAGAUGUGGUUUGGCAUGAUAUAUGUGCUACACACUGCUACUCUUUCUAACUCAUCUCGUGGCCUCUUCAUUAUACAUGUACUUUGAUUUCUCAAUCGAGCAGUGUUUGCCCCUUCAAUACUUUCUUGGUCUGAGUUUUGAGAUCUGAAUUCAAAGCUGUACAGCCAUGGGGGUGGAUAAGAAGACAACAUUGAUGUUGAUCAAGGUCGACCUUCAGUGCAGUCGCUGCUACAAGAAGAUCAAGAAAGUGCUUUGUGGAAUCCCUCAAAUACAAGACCAGGUAUACAACGAGAAGGAAAACUGUGUGUUAAUCAAAGUGGUAUGUUGCUCUCCUGAAAAGAUUAAGCAAAAGAUAAUUUGCAAGGGUGGUUGUGCCGUUAAGAGCAUUGAGAUCAUUGAGCAGCCUAAAGAGAAGCCAAAGGAAAACCCAAAAGAUCCUGAGAAGCCUAAGGAGAAACCAAAAGACCCUGAGAAGCCCAAGGACCCUGAAAAGCCGAAGGAAAAGCCAAAAGAACCUGAGAAGCCAAAGGAGCCAGAAAAGCCCAAAGAACCUGAGAAGCCUAAGGAAAAACCAAAAGAGCCUGAAAAGCCUAAAGAAAACCCACCACCACCACCACAACCACAACCACAACUGGCUUACCCGGUUCCAUUUAGGACUUGUUGCACUGAAUGCUAUGAGGGUCGUGGUGGGGGCCCAUGCUAUUCUGGACAUGGUAGGCCAACCCCAUCUUAUGAUGGCUACUAUGGAAGGCCCAUUUAUGAUAGUUAUGGUGGUGGUGGUGGUGGUGGGUAUAGAAGUAGUUACGUGAGUCCAUGUGAUUACUUCGGUGAAGAAAAUCCCUCUGGAUGCUCCAUCAUGUAAAAAAAAAAUGGAACCUUCAUAGCAUGAUGAUGAUGAUGAUGAUGUUGAUGAUGUUCUAGUUGCCUACAUGGUUCCAGUUGGCUGGGUUUGAAUUAUAGGAUUACAAACAAAUAUUAUAUAUUAUUAAUAAUAAUAAGGAUAUUAAUAUAUGGGUUCGGUUACUGUCGGUGGGGAAAA